AUGGCCUUCGGAUUAAUGCGCACUCCAGCAGUGGUUUUCAUCGCGCUAGGCUCGCUUGUACCAAUCGCGAUACCAACGGCGUAUCUGCUGUACUUAAACCACCAAGUUUCUAAUAACACCACCUCUCAGAGCGGCCGUUACCGAUCGCAUAAAGCAGCAUCUAACUCCCCUUCAUCGUUAGACGCAGCGCCUUUAGAGCCAUCCAGCAUACCGGGAGACAUUGCGUCGGACACUGAUGAGUGGGUCAUCACAUUCGAACGACUCGUCUCCCGUCCCAUCCCAGUUUCGACUCUCAUCAGCCCAAUUGCGGACAGGUUAGCCGCUACGUUAUCAAAUGUUAAUGCCGCUGAAAAUGAACCAUCAAACCUGCUAAAAGCUUAUGUCCGGGCGGCGCAGGAGGCUUUUGGUUGGACGCCCCAGGCUUUCAUCAUGCGCCAGCUGAUAGGCGAUCCCGGGCUCAAGCGCACAUUCGACACAGACUGGGUUCAUGAUCUCCUAUUUAAACAUGGUGACAUUGUGAAUGGUGUAUAUCGCGUUGACUACGUUGGAGACGGUGGUAUGGCCGGAUGUGAGCGCAUUGAGCUAGGUCUCGCUGCCCCUCCAUCAUACAGAGGGCAUUCAGAGACAGGUUUGAUAUUAUCCGCCAUCGAGCCAUGCGGCCCCAAUGGCGCAGAAUCUUCAUGGAACAGCUCAAAUGAGAAUAUGGUUGUAUUCGUGAAUGAGACGUGGCUCUGGAGAUGCAAGAACGGAAAGCCUACGCUGCUGGAGUCAGGCCCUGGCAGCUGGCUGCACUCUGUCAUGGCUGGCUGGCUGGUAAUGAAGGGGAUCAAAGCCGUGACUGCAGUGCAUUCAAAAGAGCAGUAA